AUGAAGCUGUUCAGUCUUGCGUUCUUGCCUUUGUUGACCGUCUCGGCAAUCCCGACCUUGCGAGGCAUACCCCAGCCAGUGAUACUGGCCGACACCAACCGCGACGGGAAGGUGGACGACGAUGAUCAAAAAGGCAGAACCGAAUGGACAGAGAAGAGCGGUGCUAUUUUCCUGCCGAAUAUAGGAGACUCAACGAAGCGAUGCCCAGAGUACAAAUCCAUUGAGAGGACCAGCGACUACUAUAAGGAAAUGAAUCGAUGUAACGACGCAAUGGACGAUGAGCUUAUAGAACUAGCCUACCUGGCCCCAAUGAAGACCAACCCACUAAAUGCGCCGGACGGAGCAUGGGCAAACAUCUACGCAACCCCGGACGAAGCUGCCUCACGCGUUCGUGUGUUCUAUCAGGAACACGACAAUUGGGAGUACGUCAAGCCAGAUUUCAAGUUCAAUGAGGAGAUGUUACGGCAGGGAAUUACUUUGGGCCUUGAUGGUCGCGAAACGGUUAGGUCUGCCGAUGGCUGGGAUGGCCAGGUCACAGUACAUUUCGACGUAUUCCUCGAGGACCAUGCCCAAGCUGGCUCCGACAAGGUCGUCCUAAAAAUUGCACCCAUCAUCCUUCAGCAUAGCCUACAGGACCUUCAAGAGGUCCUAUCUCCCGCAACUUCGAUAUUCAGCGGAAUUUAUGGCAGGCGGCUCAGCUACUUCACAGAACAGCUGAAUAACGCCUUCAAGGCCAUCGGCUUUAGCAAGGUCCUUACCCCUAUACAAACUCAAUGGGUGCAGGACUUAGGUUUGCCAGCUUAUGCUAGCAUGCCUGGACCUGAAGGUCCUGUCUCGAUACGACUCUUCAUCGUAUCUCCAAAUACCGAGGAGAGACUAGCUGUGCCGAUCUACGACCAGAUACGCGGCAAAGGAGUUGGUAUUAUCCAUCCCACGCCCGACGAACGUAAACUGGAAAGACUAGUAACCGUUGCUGAUGGGGGAUUUGACCCUCGGCGGGGCAACUUGAGCGAGGAUACCGAGCACGAAUUUCAACCGUCGGGAGACCUGAUGCGCCUUCUCAACGCACAACGGCUGCAACCACUUCUUCUGCUCAAUAGUGGCUGGUUAGAAGUGGGGCAUCUCGACGAGUUCCUGCAGUUCAUCCCAUCGGAAAAAACAGACACUGGCUUCACAGUUACCAUCGCGGAUGCCAAAGCUGGAAGGAAAGUUCUCCAGGAUCUGGACGAUAGUGGCGAGGGAGACCAACAUGCGAUGACAUAUGAUCGGGCCGCCUUCGAGAAGAACCCGGACGGAUAUGGACGUGGGCCCGAGGUAAGGACAAUAAAGGAAGUUUUGGACGACGACGGUCUGAAGAAGGUAAACGAGUGGGCGCAGGAGCAGCUCGACGCAAACCUCAAACUACUACUGGACGAGAUACCGCUGAAGGAAGAUGAUGUCGUCCGUAUUCCCACUGUGUUCCGGGAAGACUCCUACCACCUUCUCAUCACAAUGCACCCAAACCCUCUCAAUGGUAUCGUCGUCGGGGAUAAUUUCCUCUCUGCUGAUCCUAGGGGGCCGACGGUUGAUGGCGAGGACAAACUCAAAACGGCGGUCACGGAGGCCUACGGGGACGCGGGUAUGAAGGUAGCGUACGUCGAUACCCUAGAGAUCUUGCACUAUUACGGGGGAGGCUUGCAUUGCGCCACCAACACCUGGAGGACGCCGGCUGCAAAGUGGUGGAGCAGUAGAUAG